GAGACUCAACCUCACCACACUUCACCUCCCCUCGACCAACCUGGACACAACAUACCUGCGAGCAAUCGUGCAAGAUACCAUCGUCGAGCAAACUCUUUGCCGAUCGCUGGCAAUUCUGAACAGAAGCAUUCCCCCAGGCCACUUCGAACUCGUGGCAUGCUGCCAGACUGCACGGAAUCAUGAAUCACGAGAACAACAACCUCAAGCACGCGCGCCGUGCCUCCAAAUCACCUGGUAGUCAGAGUUCCGCUGUUGCGCAUGAAGACAGCACCGCCAGCCCGGCCCAGGUCCGCACCGUGACAGUCAACGCUGCAGGCCAGGAGGAAGAGAUGUCGGGAAACAACAUCAACCCCAUCCCGGAGCUCGGCAUGCCCGCUCCCUACACCACAUCCGCCACAUCGCCGGCUUCAUCGGCAUCAACAUCUCCACAGCUGGCCCCGAUGCGCGACGCCGCUCACGACAUCCAGCAAUGCAUCGCAGGCGGCCUUGCUUUUGACGGCCCGCAAAUUGCCGAGUGCUUCUCCCACGCCCCCAACCAUCCUCCCGUCACCGCAAUGUCUCUCGCCGAGCUCGACAUCUCCCGCAUCAUCAACAACCCCAAGCUGCGCCAAGAUGUCAACUUCGACCGUGAAUUGCACUUCCGACCCAACCUCGAGGGCUCCAAGGGCAAGGAGAAGCUGCGUCAGGCCGAGGAGUACUGGAAGGCGCUCGAGGGAGAGUUCUACAUGUAUGCGUAUGUGCAGCAAGAGCUAUCCAAGGCCAACACCCCGGAGAGUCAGGCAUACUGGUAUACGAUGCGCGCCGAGACCGAGAAGCGCUUGCCCAGCAUCUUCCACGCCAUCCGCGAAAUCCUCAUCACCCUGGUGCCCGACUACGAUCAGGACGUCGUCAAGAACCGCCUCGACGCCGAGCUGUUGAUGCAAGAGAUCAAGAAUGGGGUGUGCGAUCUGGUCGACCUGGCGAGCUGGAUGGGCCGCAUCUUGAAGCAUCACUGUGCGCCCAUGCGCGAUCACUUGGUGGAUCGCAUGGAAGGCGAGAUCAAGCGCGGCGCCUACGAAGGCAAAUGCGACGUGCUGGUGCACGGCAUCCGCCAGCUUCUCGCCAUCCUCGAGAUGAUGAAGCUCGACGUGGCCAACCAUCAAAUUCGUCACUUGCGCACGUGUCUGGUGGCGGAUGCGGUCAACUAUCAGCGUCGAUUCUACGCCUACAGGAUCGACAACAACAGGUUCGAUGUUACCCGCUCGCGUCUCUGGCUGGAUUGUGAGAUUGCACAGCUCACCACGGAUGAUGAGACGCCCACCCAUCUCGAAGCUCUCACGUCUGCCCUGCUCCGCGGUAUGCUCUUCUACGACACUACGACCAUGUACCCGCAGACGUUCCACCUCGAUACGGACCGUCUCCGCAGCCUGCGCGUGGAAAUGCACACCAAGGUCUACCAGGAGGUUUGCCGCGACAUCCUCUUCGAGGCAGCGUCCUCCUGCUCUCCGCCUGCGGACGAGUUGAUCAGGGCUGCCGCGCUUCUGCGUACGAAUGCAAGCGCCAUCGCCGGACCUUCGGGGAAAUUUGAUGACCGUGUUGAGCACAUUGCCGCGGAGAUCAUGCGCAUGGUGUUGAGGAUGGAAGGCGACAAAGUUCAAUACGACCCCUUCCUGCUCCAGUUCGUCGAGAAUCGUCUUCAGCUGGAGCUCCAGCCCGGCUCGGUGUUGUUCGAGAAGUACGCCCUUGGGCUCUUUGAGCAGCUUCUGCCUAGACUGCAAGCCAACGUUGCUCGGUACAUCGACUGCGAUCCCGUUCAGUUGCAGAGCCUCAUGCUGUCAGCGGCUCCGCCGGCCCCAGCGCAGCCCUUCGGCUUCGGCGCUGUGCUCGCUCCGCCGCCAGCCAGCCGCUCAGCAGAUCCCCUCGACGACAUCCUGCGUCGCUUCACCCACAUCAUCGUGCUGCACUGGCAGAUCUGGCAUGAUCUGGUGUACACCGGCACGCCCGAUGAGGACCAAGGCUCUUCGUCCUACGGCGGCUGCCGCACCCCGCCUUCCGGCCCCGGCUCUCCUACAAUGCCCAUGGCGGAGGCCGUCUACGCCCCAGGCCGUCGCUUUCUGCCGAUUGGGGUCACGAUCAGGGACGUCCCGACCGGCCUUCCCACCCCGGCAGCUUCCCCAUCUCUGGAGGCGCAAGCCAAGGCCAGCCACGAGCAAGGCGACAUCUCGGAGCAGAACCCAUUCGACCGCCCGCAGGCGGCUUGAGCGUGUUCUCUUCCACUCAUCUUCAUUCUUCAUGCACGGCGACGCAUAGUGUCUUUAUGACACGGUCCACUGCCGUUACUCGAACAUCAUCUUCCGGCGACGCAUAGUGUCACACUUCUGACACGGUCCACUGCCGCACUUCAUCGACCAGGAUAUACACGCGACGCAUAGUGUCUUCACGGCACGGUCCACUGCGGUAUCAAUCCUCGGUUUCAACAUCCUGCAAGCAUCACAUUAAUCACCCUGGUUUUUUCUCACAAGCAUAGCGACGGGCAAGGAGCAUGGCGGGCUGGGUAUUCGAUACUUUUGCGAUACUGCAUCUUCUCAUGGAAACGGGCACGGUGUUUCAAAAGGGUCAUCAGGAGUUCUGCUGGGUGCUCUUUAACGGUCUGCUCAUUGAUACCCCCUCUUCUUAAUCGGAAAGCCAGGCAUGCAGUACGCGAGCGAUAGCUACAACAUAACUAGUGUUCAAUGAUAUGUCUAUAAAGCGUU